AUGGCUUCAAAAGUAGAUAAAAAAAAAAAGUCAAAGACUAAAUUAAAUUCUGAAUUAAGCAAAAAAAAAGAUUUGAAAAAUAAAUUAGAAGAAAACUAUGAUAAUAAAAACGAUAGCAAAUCAACAGUAUCCACUGCAGUUGAUUCUGAAGCAAAAUUUCAGGUUUCAAACGAUAACUUAAGUAAAAAAAAGAAUAAGAAAAAUUUGAAUACUGGUAAUUUACAUCAAAAAAAUUUCAAAAUUAAUGAAAUUGAAAAAAAAAAUGAAAGUAAAAAGCAAAAACAAAACAAAAAAAAAGCAAAGAUAGAAAAAAAAAAUGUAUCAGAUUUAUCAAAUGACAAUAACAAAGAAGUAAUUGAAAAAAAAAUAAAUGAAAAAGAGAAAAAUAAACAUGAUUCAAGUUCAAGUUCAAGUUCAGAUUCAGACUCAGACUCAGACUCAGAUUCAGAUUUAAACGUUAAAAGCGAAGAUGUAUUAAAAAAAAAAAAUGACUCAUCUGAAGUUAAAAAAGAAGAAAAAAAAUUAGAAAAAAAAAAAUCAGAUUCAGACUCGGACUCAGAUUCAGAUUCAGACUCAGAUUCCGACUCAGACUCAGAUGAAGAAGAAAAGGAGAAGGAAAAAGAAAAAGCAGAAAAAAAAAAAAUAGAAAAGAAAAAAGUAGAAAAGAAAAAAAUAGAAAAGAAAAAAGCAGAAUCUGAAUCAGAUUCAGACUCAGACUCAGACUCAGACUCAGAUUCAGAUGAAGAAGAAAAGGAGGAGGAGAAGGAAAAAGAAGAAAAAAAAAAAGUAGAAAAGAAAAAAGCAGAAUCUGAAUCAGAUUCAGAUUCAGAUUCAGACUCGGACUCAGACUCAGACUCAGACUCAGAUGAGGAAGAAGAAAAAAAAGAAAAGGAAAAAGCAGAAUCUGAAUCAGAGUCAGACUCUGAAGAAUCAGAGAAAGAGAAAAAAAAAAAAAUUGAGAAAGAAAAAAAAAAGAAAAUAGAAAAGAAAGAAGAAAAAGUAGAAGAAAAAUUGAGUUCAGAUUCAGAUGAAUCAGAUAAAGAAAAUGAAGAGAAAAAGGAAAAAAAGAUGGGAAGUGAAAAAGUAGUAGAAAAAUCUGAAUCAGAUUCAGAUUCAGAUUCAGAUUCAGAUUCAGAUUCAGAUUCGGAUUCAGACGAAUCAGAUGAAGAGAAGGAGAAAAAAGAGGAAAAAGUGGAAAAAAAAGAAAAUAUAGAAAAAUUAGAAAAAGAAGAAUCAAGUUCAGACUCAGACUCAGAUUCAGAUUCAGAAUCGGAAGAAUCAAAUGAGGAAAAAGAAAGUAAAGAAAAAGUACAAAAAGUAGAAAAAGAAGAUUCAGAGUCAGAAUCAGAUUCAGAUUCCGAUUCAGAUGAAGAAAAAGAAGAAAAAGAAGAAAAAAAUAUUUCUGAUAAAAUUAACAAGGAAGUUGAAGAGAAAAAAGAAUUAAAUGGAAUAGAAGGAAAAAAUAAAAGAAAAAAUGUAAAUGAAAAUGUAAAUAAAGAAAAAAAUAAAAAGCAAAAGAUGAACAACAUAGAAUAUGAACAGAAUUUCAAUGAACAUAUGAAAGAGGAAUUUAUAGUAACCUUGCUCAAUAUAAGCAGAAAUACAAAAGAAGGGGAUUUAAAAAAUUUUUUAAAAGAUUUGUUAGAUGAACAUUUCAAUGAAGAUAAGAUUUUUAUACAUAUCAAUGCUUAUAAUAAUAGUGCAUAUAUUUAUUGCUCAGAUAGAAAUAUAAAAGAUAAACUUUUAUCAAAAAAUAAUGAAUAUUUUGAAGGGGUUCCUAUAAAAUUUCUUGAAAAUCCUAAUGUAUCAAGCAAAAUAAUUCUUUAUCAUACUAGUAAAAAUACAACGCAAGAUGAUGCUAGAAGAAUGUUUGAAAAAUAUGGAAACAUAGUUGAAGUUUAUUUUACUAAUAAUAAACCAAAAUUUUUUGUUGUAUUUGAUAAUCUUGAAAGUUGCAUAAAAUCUUUAGAACAAGAUGGUUGCCUUUUGAAUGAAAAUUUUAUUCAUGUCUCAUUAACAUUAAAUAAUGGUCAAAUGGACAAUAAUAAUAAUAAUAACAAUAAUAAUAAAAAAUUUAAUUAUAACAAUGGAUUAAAUAAGAAAAGAUCAGGAAAAGGUUUUUCAGGCAACAAUUUUGGGAAUUAUAAUAAAUUUAAUAAUAAAUUUAGUAAUGGAAAUAAUAAUGGAAAUAAUAAUGGUAAUAAUAAUGGUAAUAAUAAUAAUUAUAACAACAAAUUUAAUUCUAAACCAUUUAAUAAUUUUAAAAAUAAAAAAAAUUUUUAA